AUGCUAUGCUACUUGCGCUGGCCAAGAGCUCAGGAAGGCUUUGGCAACCUACGACUUCAGAUGCUGGACACAUCUGGACAAGAACGCUUCCGGCUGCAAACCGUAGCGCAUUGCCGCAGAAACUGCGACGGGUAUUUGGUGUUCUUCAACCGUACGCGGCGCGAGACCUUUGAUAUUCUUCCACAGUUCCUGCGCCAUGUGAACUCCAUGGGGUUCAGGCGCCCGGAGACGAUCAUUGCCAUUAUCGGAGCCUUUGUCGUGACUGGAACGUACUCAGAUCUGGAGACGGUAGUUUCCUAUGAGGAGGCGAAGGAGUUUGCUGACUCUAACGGCGCGAGCUACCACGAGGUGUGCUGUUGGGAUGGGCCAUCAGUGCACAAUGCCGUUUUCUGUAUUCUCGACCAGCUCGUCGAGCAGCCGCCACCCCCGCCGAUGCCACCUGACUGGAGCGAGUGGGCUUGGGAGAAGAAGAAGACGGAGCUGGCUGCCGAGCGCCUGCGUCGUCAGUGCCAAGAGGAGGAGGAGCGAGCUGCUCCAUCUCCACCCCCCUGCGCCGCUCCACCAGGGCGUGGAGUGCCUUCCCCCAGCGAGGACUUGCCCAACAACUGGCGGCCCUGGCGGUGCCCGAUCUUCCCAUGGCAGAAAGCAGAGGAGCGCCGGCCCUCGAAGCCUUCGAGGAGGUCUCCGGGCCAGCCAUCCUCCGCUUCCGAAGCCAAGGAAGAUCCAGGUCCAAACGAGCCAGGCGCCGGCUUCGGCCGUGCAUGGAACUGGGGCGCUGGCAUUUUCUCGGGUCACAGCAAAGUCGGUGCUUUAAACAGCGCCGAGCUUGCGCGGCAGGAGGUGCAGGAUUUGGCUGAGGGCUAG